UCCUUUGGUCACUUCUCAUCUGUCACGAGCGGUUAUUCAUUUCAUCGGUAAACAAAAUGCCUGAGGGUCCCCGACGUGAUUUUACCAGCUGUAAAUAAAAGUUCGAGGUCAAUACAGCUUGGGUCGUGAAAGCAGUGCAGGACAGUGUGUGAACUGUGAACAUGUCAUUUAGUACGGCGUUAAGCUUUCUGGACCUCUUUGAGAAAGAGGACCCGCUUUUGAAAGACAGCUUGUUUCCGAACGAGUUGCCGCCGCUGCUGGACACGAACCUGCCGGAAAUGGAGUCUGAAAGCAUCGAUUUCUGGACCAAAUACCUGAUCGAUGACGCCUCGCUGUUGACUCCAAAGGAAGAAGUAGCAUCCGAUCUCAUCGGCGACCUGGGCUUCGGACUUGUCCCAGACCUAGAGUCGUCCCCCUCCCUCCUUCCUGCGUCUCCAGCAGAGGAGCACAGCUACAGCAUGUCUCGCGACGGACGUCCCUUGCACAGUCCACCGCACGGGUCAUCGUCGGACUGUUCAGAUCCCUCAUCACUGUCGGUGCUCGAUGAAGUGCAGGAAGAAGGAAUGGAUUUGGAAGAUCCCUUUGGCACAAGCAGCUACAGCCCGGUAGCGGAGGUUGUUUCAGAACAGAUGUCUCCCGUAGACGUCUACUCUAAUCCACCAUCCCCACUAGAGUACAUUGCUGCAGACAUUGUGGUUGCAACAUCAGAUACCAAGGACGACAUUAUCGUUGUUGACGAUGAGCCAGACGUGGUCAUAGAGGAUGCGUUUCAUUAUGAGAUUCCGAAGAGCCCUUCGAGCGUGUCAUCAUGCAGUUCAACAAACAGCUCCCCCAAUGCGAGACAUCGUAGCUCAAAGAAGGUGGAGGAAGUCCUGCAGCUCACAGAUGAAGAAAAAAGAUUGAUGAGGAAAGAAGGCAUCUCGAUCCCAACUACAAUGCCCUUGACAAAGGCCGAAGAACGUGAACUGAAGAAGAUUAGGAGGAAGAUACGGAAUAAGCAAUCUGCACAAGACAGUCGCAAGCGGAAAAAAGAAUACGUGGAUGGUUUAGAGAAUAGAGUGAAGCUGUGUACAGCACAGAAUAUUCAGCUACAGAAGAAAGUGGAACUUCUUGAGAAACAGAAUGGGUCCCUGGUGCUGCAGCUGAAGCGGUUACAGACCCUGGUGGCUAACUCAUCGACUCGGAACACGCAGACCAGCACUUGUGUUAUGGUGCUUAUGCUGUCCUUUGCCCUCUUGCUGUUCCCCAACAUGAGGACAAAUAACAGAACAGACAGCGGAGACCUCAUCAUGCAGUCACCGUCCGAAAAAUUGGCACCCAUGUCAGGUCGUUCAAGAUCAUUACUGUACGCUUCAGAAAUCAACUCUUAUUGCCAUGACUUUCCUGAGGCCAACAAGGCUUCUCAGUACAUUGAGGAAGACAUUGAUGAGGAGGUUGAGGAGCAGAGCUCGUCGUGGAGGGGCAUAUUCUCUGUCCCGAAGGAAGGGCGUGGAUUUGGGUUCUUACGCGGGAACCCCACUAGUCCUGUCAAGGACAUGUUUCCUCUCCCGACAUCAAAGCACGACAUGACAACCGUUCCGCCGGACAUCGUACGGCAACACGACGGCAACUUCAGCACGGUCAUCACCACACGACCGGUUGUCUUGCAAGUUCAGAAGUAGGAGGGAGAGAUAAAAAAAAUUGCCCACCAUCAAAUCACAGACAGAAUUGAGAGAUUUGCGGAUGUAAUCGUUCGUUCAUGCUGAUUACCGAUUUAAAUUGUGGAGUUAGUGUAGCGUAAGCAUUACAUUUUUUUUGUUUUGGGUGUUUCUGCUGGGCACCUUUAUUCUGGCAAGAAGGAUUUUUGUUUUGUAGCUUUUUUCCAUUUAUAUUGUUGUAGCAAAGUUGAUAAAAUCAAAGUUUACAUGUUCUGUGAUCACUUUCUCUUUGUUGUCGUUGUCUUACUGGAAGGCCAGGGUUCAUUUGACUUCAUUUUGCAUUUUUUCCACAAAUGAUGGUGAUGUCAGUGGUGAAGUCCAACUCUGUUCUUGGAGUAUGUUUCAAGGAAAUGGUUUUACAUACCGAUAUGUGCAAUGCAACGGAUGAUUUACAUCCUUUUUCCUUCCACGUCUAUUGUACAAAGUACAGCUGGGUCUUGUUACUUCCUUCGCUUUUGAGUGGUCCGUUAUUGAUACUGUAUGUAACCAAUCUGUCUAUGAUCAUGAAAGUUGUGAUUGGGUUGAACUGAUUAUCUUCACUAGACAUAUUAAUCGCAGUGAGAAAGCUUUGGGGCACACACCUUUCAUAAUUAAUGCCAGUAGUGUAUUUGUAGGAGCUUUUGGAAGCCAAAGAGAAGAAAAUCUUCAUUAUUCAUCCAUGCAAUAGAUAGACAUUGUUCUGCAUUUAAUGCACACUAUAAUGAUAUCGUUAUCUUCCUUUCCAUAAUUGUCCAUUCCUCAUUGUACUUGCUAUGUAUGGUUUCUGGGUGUUUUAUUGUGUGGCUGCUUUGUAUGAAAAAUGCAUGUGGUGUCGCAUUGGUAAUGUUGCUGCUAUCAAGAUGAAUUAUGCAUUGGUAUGAGUUUCAGUGACCGUCUGUAGUAGAAAUCUCCAGUAGGUAUUGUGUGGACAAUAAACAUAGCUAUGGAAUGAU